CCUGGUGACAGGACAGCACCCAAGCUCCAGGCUCUGCAGCAAGCUGUCCACCCUUCUCAGCUGCUGCCCCUGCCCCAAGAUGGGCGGCCCUGGGGCUCAAGAAUCUGUCUCUCCUUUCUCCCCCUCCCUCCUUGUGGAAUCAGAAGAGCCAGGAGCUCAGACAAUACUUGUCACCUGCCUCCUCCCCCACCACCUCCAGGCUUCUCUCCUCUUUACCUGCACCCUAAGGAUGCCUGAAACCAGCUGGGAAACCCCUACAGGGACACAGCCAUUUCUUCAGACACAUGGUUAGCUCAGCGUGAAGCAGGCAGGGAGACAAUCUUAUCACAUGCCUCUGACCGCUCCUUGCGCGAGUCAGAGAAGGUGCAGUGAGGAAGUAUAAUGUCACAUGCAACACUUACAGGAAACUGGCCACAAGACAUCAGGGGAACUUGAGAACUUGGUCGUUUUCAGCGGAUUAAAACAACACAGAUUUAUCAGCCAGACUGUUGAAAGCCUAACUAAGUGCCCAGGAUGCCCGUCCCGCCCCCUCCAGCGCCCCCGCCGCCGCCCACGUUUGCUCUGGCCAAUACAGAAAAGCCUACCUUGAACAAGUCAGAGCAGGCUGGGAGAAAUGCUCUUCUCUCCGACAUCAACAAAGGGAAGAAACUAAAGAAGACAGUCACCAAUGACAGAAGUGCACCGAUACUGGACAAACCUAAAGGACCUGGUGGUGGUGGUGGCGGCGGCUUUGGUGGAGGAGGUGGCAGCGGUGGUGGUGGUGGCGGCAGUGGCAGUUUUGGAGGGGGUGGACCACCCGGUUUGGGAGGACUGUUCCAGGCUGGAAUGCCGAAGUUGAGAUCCACAGCCAAUAGGGAGAAUGAUUCUGGAGGAAGCCGACCCCCAAUUUUGCCACCAGGAGGAAGAGCCACGGCUGCCAAACCUUUCUCACCCCCAAGUGGCCCAGGGAGGUUCCCUGUGCCUUCUCCGGGCCUCAGAAGCGGACACCUGGAGCCUCAGAGGAACCGAAUGCCUCCCCCUAGGCCCGACGUGGGCGCAAAGCCUGAUAACAUUCCCCCUCCGGUACCCAACACGCCAAGACCCAUUCAGUCGAGUCUGCACAACCGGGGGUCCCCCCCAGUGCCCGGGGCCCCCAGGCAGCCCAGCCCUGGGCCGACUCCCCCGCCUUUCCCCGGAAACCGAGGUGCUGCUUUCGGAGGAGGCUCCGUACGUCAGACCCCCUCAGGCUCCUCCUCGCCUUUCUCCAACAGGCCGCCCCUACCCCCCACGCCGAGCCGGGCCUUGGAGGACAAACCCCCUCCUCCGCCCCCUCCGGUGGGCAGCCGGCCCUCCAUCCACAGGGAGGCCGCCCCGCCGCCGCCCCCUCAGAACAGCAAGCCGCCGGUGCCCUCCACCCCGCGGCCGCCCGCCGCCUCGCAGGCCCCGCCGCCGCCGCCGCCGCCCAGCAGGCCGGGCCCUCCCCCGCUGCCCCCGGGCUCCGCUGGUGGCGACGAAAUCCCGAGGCUUCCGCAGCGCAAUUUGUCCCUCUCGUCUUCGUCGUCCGCGCCUCCCUUGCCCUCACCAGGACGGUCGGGCCCUCUUCCUCCCCCGCCCAGUGAGAGACCCCCUCCUCCGGUGAGGGACCCGCCGGGAAGAUCAGGUCCUCUCCCACCACCUCCUCCAAUAAACAGAAAUGGCAGCACGUCUCGGGCCCUGCCUGCCACCCCUCAGUUGCCGUCCAGGAGUGGAAUAGAUAGUCCCCGAGGUGGGCCCCGGCCUCCUCUUCCUCCUGACAGGCCUGGUGCUGGGGCGCCUCCCCCACCUCCACCAUCCACAAUUAGAAAUGGCUUCCAAGACUCUUCAUGUGAAGAUGAGUGGGAAAGCAGAUUCUACUUCCAUCCCAUUUCGGAUUUGCCACCUCCAGAGCCAUAUGUACCAACAACCAAAAGUUAUCCCAGUAAACUGGCAAGAAAUGAAAGCCGGAGUGGAUCCAACCGAAGAGAAAGGGGUGCCCCACCCCUUCCUCCCAUCCCGAGGUGAUCCUCACCUGCUCUUCUCCACCCAAGCCCAAGAGCUUAUUCUGUUGUUGCUGUCCAAGAGGCGCACAGCCUCCUCCCCUUGUCUUCCCUAGUCCCCUGCACACUGGCAUUGGGGAAGAAGGGAAGUGACAUGGGAAUACGUGUGUGCAGGGUAGGAAUGCAGUAAAGAAAUGCACCUCGCUUUUUAUAUUGUGUACAUUCUCAAAGCUCUCGCUUGCUUUAGCUAUAGCCUGCUGGUGUUGGCUUCUUGGGGGUCUAUAGGCUUUUGUAGCAAGUAGGCAGAAAUAAAUUGUGUCCCAACUUUGAACAAACCAAAUUCAAACAUUCACUGCUUAUUUGCUACAGACUACAAUAUUAAAGUUCCUGAGAGCUGUUUGCUUUCAUGCCUUUUUUGCAUGCUUGGCCUCCUGUCUGUUUCCCUGAACCACAGACCACCUAAGCAAAUUGCUCACGUAAAAUGUUUGCGGUUACAGGAUGUCCAGUCCUUGGCGGUCUGAGGUAAGCUCUAGGACAGAGCUGUCCAAUAGAAAUAUAAUGUGAGCCACAUACACAAUUUAUAAAUUUCUAGCAGCCACAUUGAAAAAGGAAAAGAAAUAGGUGAAAUUAAUUUUAAUAUAUUUUAUUUAACCCUAACAUCCAAAAUAUCAUUUCAACCUGCAAUCAAUAUAACAUUUUUAACGAAAUAUUUUACAUUCUUUUUUUUUUUGGUACUAAGUCUUCAAAAUCCAGUGUGUAUUUUACACUUAGAACACAUUUCCAUUCGGGCUUAUCACAUUUCAAGUGCUCAGUAGCUACACGUGGUUGGUGGUUACCAUAUUGGACAGCGCAGGUCUAGAAGAUAGAGGCUAGUGCAAAAACUUCUUGUUUAAAAACCAAAAAAGGCAAGUUAAGCUUUAGCAAUUCAAGAGGUAACUAAAAAUAAAGUUAGGACCCAACACCUUGUUUGGCAGCUUGACCUAGGAUUUUGCUGCCUUAUUUUCCCCUCUUCCCUUGAAAUCUGUAUACAAGUGUUGCUUCACAGUACCAAGGUCAGGUUUUAAUAGGCUUUACAGCCAAGUGGAAUAAAAGCCAUUGGAAAGAGACUGAAAGCCAGUCGGGAUCUGGGGCUCAGAACCAGCUGCUCUGAGCUCACCUCUCGGUUGGCCUCCUGCCAUAUGCAUUUGAAGUGACUUCAUUCCUCUCCAGCCCAUAUUGUUCCUUAGGGCGGAGAAGCUCAUAGGCUCCAUAGUUGUGGGGGGAAGUCAGGGGAAGGUAGCAAACCAGAUACGUGGAAGAAGGGAGCAGAUUUGAGUUGAUGGGCAAAAACGCUAAAAAUCUAAAUCUGAUGCUUAUGCGGUAGAGAGAAAGAGAUUGCUGCUGGAAAUGGGAGGGAAUUUGUUUUGAAUCUGCCUGGGAGAAUCAUUUGCCUUGGAGCUAUGCAAAAAAUAAAGCUCCCCCAAAGGACCAUAGUGGUGAGCCAGCCUUGCCUUUUUUGUAUGAUUUUGUUUACAAAACCUUAUUGGGACUUUUAAAUCUAGCUAUAGAGUUAGAAAAAAAGAUUUCCAUUUAGAUGUUUUAUAUGGUUGAUUAUGUUUAAAAUUACCAUUACUUAUUUUUUAAAAGCACAUGGCUAUAUAUGUAUAUGUAUAUCUACCUAAACUUUGUAUCAUGGUUUCUGUGUAUUCAAGUAUUACUGGUAGGCGCUAACAAGAAUCAGUCCAAAGAAAAUUUUGCAAGAAGCAUUCCUAUUUAUAGAAUAAUUGUUUCAUUUAUAUAAAAGCAGAAGAACUUAGAGUUCUAAUAAAUGGGAUGUCUAAUAAAUUAUGAAGUUGCCCAUUUGAAUAUAUUGUAUUUUUAUAACUUUCCUUGCCACACUCCUAGGCUUAUUAUUAGUACAUUAGAGAACGUGGGUUUUUUUUCCCCUCUCUCCCCUACCCUUUGUGUUUCAUACAUUCACUUGGUGCCCUUUACACAAAGAGAAUCAAGAAAUAAAAAGGUGUAACAAGCUUGGCAAAGUAUUUAAAAAUUUUUUAAUCUCUAAUAUUUUGGCAAUAUAGCAGCAUCAUUUUAUUUUGAAUUCUUUGAUUGGGUAUCAAUAAUUGAUAAAAACCCCUACGAUAAAAUAAAGCCUAGUGACCCACUUCAGAAAAGAGAGAGUUGGGCUUUCCCAGCAAAUAUGGCAGAGUAUAGUCUAACCUGAAGAAAAUGGGUCUGAAUUUUUGUAAGGUUUAGUAAGAAUGGCCAAUUUCUUUGUAUAUUCCAACUUUGCAGGUGCCAUCCUAAGUUUGAAACAGGGUCACAGCUCAAAGUUGCUGUUCAUCCAGGAUAGAGGUGUUUUAGAAUGCAUUUUUAAAGUGAAUAUUCCAUUAAUACAUGUACAUCCUUUUUUUUGAAAGUUAGAAACCUAAUCACAUCCAAAACUGUGAGUAAGUUGUAUGCUAAAAUCAACUGUGGCAUAUCACAAAAAUUAAUAUUUUCUUUCCUGAAACCAGAGCUUACAUGUUUUCUUCCCCAUAAAAACUUCAGACAAAUGUAUUCAAGAUGCAAUACAGUAUUUUAAUAUUCACAUAUCACUUUUUAUUGAAAUGUAUUACAGUAUUAAAAUUCAGUGUUCAGUAUUUAUUUCAAUAUGCAUUUUACUUAGUAAAAACCAAGAAAAAUGUUUAAUCCAAUGGUGCCUUACUUGGUGAUAUGAAAGAACUUGACUUUUUAUGUCUAAGUAGCAGAUUAUUUGCGUAUUUGUAAAAACUGUUAGGCCUUUACAUUUUAACUUGUAAUACCAAUUUUGUUAUUUUAUUAGCAGAAAUGUGAUGACUGUUAAAGUGCCCAAAAAUUUUUGGCAUGAAAUUGAUUUUCCCUGUUUAUAGUCAGGGACUGUAAAGGAAGAAAAUGUUUUUCAUACCACUGCACUAUGUAAACAUGCACAUUUUGGUACUUAUGUCAUCAGGAUGGUUUAAAUGGUGGGAUAGGGUCUACCCUAGACAUCUGUGUCUUUUGAAAGUUAGCCAGACAAUAAAUAAGAGCAGAACGGUAA